CAGAAUCCUCAAAGGAUCCUGGACAUCAGUUUGAAGUAUUCGGCGUACCCGACAAUAUCGAAAAAUACUGGCCAAGGACCCAAUAAGAAACAAGAUAUACACGCUCAACCAUCCCCAAGACGCCCCGCCAAGUUUAGCAAUAGUCACCAAAGCGGUGACGCCCAGAGCUGGGACGCCCCCCGCAGCACGCAAGUUGUAGGCACGGUCAUAAUCGGACUUUUCAAGGUCCUGCCGCGAAAGACUGAUCAGCGCUUCUCCCAUCUGGCUGAAGAUCUUUUCCAGGUUCCUCCUGAGCGUCUCUUUGCCGCCCUGGAAAGACGACGGUGUGUGGAUGCCGACAGCCUGCCAGGCACGAACGAGACUGCCGCCCCCUUGGUUGGAAAGGAGGUCGUUCAUGGAGUACGCCAGCAUUUUCUUGGUGGCAGUGUUGAUGCUCGAGCUGUUCCUUUUCUCGGCUACGAUUCUCAGUGGGGAGACGCGAGAAUCGACCGACACGGAUGCGACGAAAUCAUUGCCGGAGUAUGUACACUCAUACACGACUGCCUCGCUCGCGUCGAACGGGACGGCUAUUGUCAAAAUUGGUACGCCGCGUUGGUAGAUCAGGGCAGAGCCGAUGGCGAGGACGUC